AUGGCGCUCUACGGGGCGCCGGUGUGGUCAGCGGCUCUGGAGCGCAAUUCCAGAGCCCUGGCUAUACUUAGGAAGGCGCAAAGGAGAGCGGCAAUUAGGGUGGUGAGAGCUUACAGGACGGUCUCCCACCCCGCUGCGACGCUGUUAGCGGGACUUCCCCCGAUAGACAUAGCGGCGGGAAUAUACGCAGCUAUGUAUGACCGGGUGCGAGAGUUGAGGGAGGAAGGAGUGAUCGUCACCCCAGCCAUCAGGAGGACCCUCAGGUCGCAGAUGCAAGAGGGAAUGAGAGAGGAAUGGAGGACCAGACUCGGCGAGCCGAACAGCUCGGGCCGCAGGACUGUGGACGCCAUCCUCCCGAGGUUGCAGGAAUGGCUGGAUCGCCCGUGGACACGAGCAUCCUACCGCACGACACAGGUGCUCUCCGGACAUGGGUGCUUCGGGGAGUACCUGUGUCGAAUAGGUCGCGAUGGCACCCCUAGGUGCAACCAUUGUGGAGGGGACCGGGACACGGCGCAGCACACUCUCCAAGAGUGCCCGGCAUGGGAGGAAGAGCGCCGUGCCCUGGUCGAAGUUAUUGGGGAUGACCUAUCGCUCAAUAAGGUGAUCGAGGCGAUCGUAGAAGGAGAAGAAGGCUGGGAAGCCUUCUACAAAUUCUGCGAGGGAGUCAUGAGCUCAAAGGAAAGCGCCGAAAGAGAGAGGAGAGGAGAAACCAACCCCCAGGAUGGCGCACAUGGAGGGAGAGGCGCACCACCAAGGAGAGGUAGAAGAAGGUGGACGCGUCGGCAGCCAGCUCAUCUCAGAGCCUGGCAGUAG